UCGUCGCCGGGCAUUGGAAAGAUGCCUGAAUAAAAUCACCUCGCAUCCGAAGUUGUACAAUGACCCUAAUUUGAAGAUGUUCUUGGAGUCAGAUCGAUUCGUUAUCGACGUCAAACGAAAAAAUAAAGAUGAAUCCAAAGGAGUGUUAAAAUCAUUAGGCGAGGUUGUUUCCCACGCCACGACUUUUAAUAAGUUCAUAGAGACAGAUGAAUGGUUUGAUAAUCAUAAAAACCAACUGGAAAUCCUGGACUCUCAAUUGAAAACAUUGAUGAAAUCUGUCGAGGCCGUCGUUAGACAACGCAAAGAUUUAAGUGGCGCUACCACUGAGUUUGGCGAUAAUGUAUUAUCCAUGGCUGGUGCAGAAAAUAAUAAAUCUCUGGCACAUAAUUUAACGAUACUAGGAAAUAUACAGAAAAAAAUAAAAGAGCUGCACGAGAAGCAGGUAAAACACGACGUUGCGACACUGGAAAAUACCAUUGAUGAUUAUAUUCGGUUAAUCGGAUCAAUUAAAGUUGCGUUCAAUUCACGCGAAAAAGUUUAUCAGACCUGGCAAAAUGCCGUUUCUGAUUUGCAGAAGAAGAAGAUUAAUUACGAAAGGUCAAAAAAUCAAGGCAGAAUGGCACAGGACAAGUUAUCGUUGGCGUUAGCACAGAUCGCAGAGUCUGAAAACCGUGUGGAAGAGUGCAAGGACGAUUUUGAAAACGUCUCAAAACUUAUCAAAUCUGAAAUUGAUCGUUUUGACAAGGAAAAAGUGGAAGACUUCAAAAACAGCGUUGAGGCGUUCUUGGAAUCACUGAUGGAAACGCAGAAAGAGAUAAUCAGCCUGUGGGAAUCAUACUUUCUGCAGGUGGAUUCGCAACCGGAUGUCGCCCCCGAAGAUGAAGCUGUUACGGCAUCCUAG